GCAGGCAAUUUUUGGAAGCAUGGGCAAAUAUUCAGCAGUGGUUCUUGGCGGAGGUAUUUCCGGUCUUACGACUGCGUAUUACUUGAGCAGGAUGGGACGGAAAGUUGCUUUAGUAGAAUCCUCGAAUCGGCUCGGAGGCUGGGUCAGGACCAUUCGGAACCCCGACGGAAUCAAUUACGAAGUUGGGCCGAGAAGUGUUCGGCCGGUCGGAUCUACCGCCAAUGCAACUUGUUUGCUCCUGGAAGACCUGGGCCUUGAGAAUGAAGUUACGUUCGUGAAGAAAACUGAGCCGGCAGCCCGAGUUCGAAUGAUCCUUCUGGACAAACAGCUUGUCGAGCUUCCUGCUAAUAUUUCGAGCUUGUUCCUGCCGACGACGGCGUUUGGAAAGCCGUUGAUCGCGACUUUGAUGGGCGAGCUGUUCAAAAAGCGACCUGAUCCAGCUCUUGAAGAUGAUUCGUUGUACAAUUUUGCCACGCGGCAUUUCGGUUCUAAAAUCGCCGACAAUGGAAUAGACCCACUUAUCAGAGGAAUAACUGCUGGUGAUUGCCGAGAAAUCAGUGUGUCUUCGUUGAUGGCUCCACUGUUUGAAGGAGAGAAGACUCAUGGAUCAGUGGUCAAAGCCAUGCUUGCCAAUUCAUUGUCUUCUUCAAACACGAAGAUCGACAGGCAAUCGAUGGAAUGGUCUAAAAUUUUUGCGACUGCCCAAGCAAGGAAAUGGGCAAUAUAUUCGUUGAAACCAGGCCUUGAAACGAUUACAGAACGCUUGACCGACGAGCUCAGAAAAAGGGAUUGCAAAAUUUACAGCAAUUCGAAGGCUAAUUCCAUUGACUUCAAAAUGAAUGGCAAAGCUGUUGUGGAUCUUGGAUUUGAGAAGCUCGAAGCUAACCAUGUUUUUGCCGCAAUCCCCGCGUAUUCUCUUGGCCCGCUAAUAGAGAAAAGCAAAGUCCCUCGAGGUAUCGCAUCAUUUUUGAAAAGUGUCCCGUUUGUUGACGUUGCUGUAGUCAAUUUGGAGUACCGAGGACAGGACGUUUUGAAUGGUAGAAAAGCGUUCGGUUACCUUGUGCCGUCGCAUCAAAGGUACUGUUCUGUGCUCGGUGUGAGCUUCGACACUUGCUCUUUUCCGCAAAAGGAUCGUGUAAUUUUGACUGUGAUGAUGGGCGGGAAAUGGUUUGACGAACUUUUUGGGACGAACUGCAACGAUCCUGAAAUUUUCUUCUCCACUGCGCGACGAGAGGUUCAGGAACGCCUUGGAAUAACUCGCUCCCCAGAAAGGUAUUUUGUGUCGGUGCUGAGGAAGUGCAUACCUCAACAUGUGAUUGGUCAUAAAGCCAAGCUGUUGCGUUGCAGGAAAGAAAUCGAGAGAUCGAAUCUUCCACUGACACUCGUGGGUGCUUCAUACGACGGAAUUUCGAUAAAUGAUUGUGUGCAUUACGCAAAGGCAGCUGCAUUGUCGACCAAUUUGAGUUCGUAGCUUGUGUACCUGACUAUUACAAUAUCGUUGAAUUCUGCCACCGUCGUUUUAUUCAAUUUUUUUUAUCCCAGCACCGGAUUACCAUUUGAAAUAGAGUUCAAUCCGCAUUCGUGCUUCAGCUGUGAAAAUAUGAAUAUUUUACCUUG